AUGCUGGGUAGGCGGUACGUCGGACCUGGCAAUACACCUCGUGCUCGGCCCAAGACACCGGCUCUCUUUCACACACCCCUGCCACUGCCAAUCGGCCUCGACACACGUAGCCUAACCUGGACUCGUUGGCAAGACGUGCCCGCUCCCUCCACCUCCCAAUCAUGUUUCCACCCCUCGGGAGCAUCGCAGUCUGAAAGGGGUUUCCUCCAGUCCCAGCACUGUCAGUCUCCUGAUUGCCCUCGCUUCGCUUUUGCUCGACUCGCCGUCCUUGCGAACCGCUCCUCCCUCACCUCUUCUUCUUACUUCUCCUCUCUCCUCCUCCUCCCCCGUCUCCUCCUUCUCCUCUUACUCCACCUGCCUCUUCAGCCUCGUAUUGUUCAUCCUGUCCGCCAACAUUGCAAGCCGAUAGCAUUAAUCAAUUCAUAUAGCCUCUACUGCUCCUCCCUACCGAGCCGGGCUGGUGUCUCAGACCAGUCUCUGAGGGCGCGAUGCCAAGACCCACCCCCUUUUCGGGCGUCUAAGCAACUCUUGGUCCUGGCCGGUCGAGCUGAAACGGCUCUACCGAACGGUCACCGGACAGUGGCCACUGGAGCUGUAUGUCCGAGAGCCCAACCACCAGUUUGA